CUGCAUCAUUUUGAUGGACAAUUUAUAUGUGUAAUGGGUGCAUUAGGACAGCAUCCAAUUAAAGCAAGUAAAUUUUUAUCAUUUUUUCUCCAUGCAUCCUAGACACCUCACACAAUUACAUACACUGUUUCAUGUUCUCCAAUAAGGAUAUGACAAGCUGAUCUUUAUCAACUUGCAAAGACACAAUCGCAGCACACAGUCUUGCAUUACACUUUGAACAAUACACAACUAAACUCUUCUAAGUCGCUAUAAUUACUAAGUUUCAUAUUCUUUGAUGACUUUCAUGAUGAUUUCAUGCAUCCCAAAGGUUUCUUUCAGAGCUCUCAAAAAUGUUUCACUCCUGCUCAGUUUUUAACCCUCUACAAUGCUUAAGGACAACUCAUAUUAGACUACUGCGCACAUAUUUGGAAGAAUCCCACUGCCACACACACAAGCAUUUCAGGCUGUAUAACAAAAAGGACCAACUACUUGAUUGGCAAAGACACACUCAACUACAAUGACUGGCUCAUAGAUGUUGCUGUUCCUUCUCUCAGUUUCUUCAACUACAACUACAACAGCCUCUGUUUCUCAGGAUUUGUAAACCGCAUGCUACACCUGUCACCUGUUCCUGCUUCUCUACCACUUGUUACAUUACUGUGUUUCACUUUACUCCAGAUUCCACCCGAAACACUUUGUUCAGUCUUUCCUCUUCGUAAUUACACUCUUGUAGAAUUCUCUUCCUAUAUUUGUAGCAUAAUCAUUAUGAAACAGACUUAUCAUCAAAGAUGUUUCAGCUGCAAAUAUCAAAACUUCCUACCAGGUAUGAUGCAUCAAGAGCUUCAUUAUCCAGUGCGUCCUUUGUUGGCUCUGUUUUCCUAUAGGCAACCAUUUACAUCAGCAAUAUUGAUUCCCUGAGAGGACCCAUAUAGGCUACAAUCACAGCCCAUCCUUAGCUGACUAAUCCGUAAAAUAAUUGUAUGUCAAUACCAGACAAGUAUAACCUAAUUGACAUGCACACACGUAUCCUGUACCAAAUUAUCUUCAGAAACAUUACCAGUGUGUUGAAAAUACCGAAAAAAAAAAAAAAGAUACAAUUAUGGAUUCUGUGAAUGAUGUUCUCCCUCAACAUAACUGACAAAAUAAUUGAGACAUUAUUUAAACACUCCAAUGAUUAGCAGCUAAUUGACAGAAUCUAAUGAACAAAUAAUACAUUAUGAGGCAUAGGAAUGCACACACAGACACACACACACACACACACACACAAACAUAGAUAUACAUAAAAUAUACAUACACAUAUCUAUAUACAGCUUGAAUAUAAAUUUAUACAGAUAAAGGUAUGUAUACAAACAAGACCAAACUUAUGCAUUAUCGUUAAAAUAUAUUACACAUACAUUUACAUAUAAAAACACAUUCAUAUGAAUAUAUAUAUACACACACACACAUACAUACAUACACACGUACACACAUAUGUAGUAUGUGUGUGUGUGAGUUUAUAAUUGUCCAACAUAAAUUAUAUUUUUUACAAAAUGGCAGUAAAGAUAUCUUAUAUCUUUAUAUUGCUCUCCUUAGUCUCUUUUCUAUUUAUGAUGUAUUACAGAACAGAUAUAAAAAAUACAAACAUUUUGAAAAUUGAGCCUACCGAAGAAAGAGGAAAUUGUUUCAAAAUCCUUCUAGAUGGAGAACUUAUUGUGAAAGAAUGUUACAUGGACAGAGCUAAUUAUACUGUAUUCAAGAUUCUACAGGAAAGUGGAUUAACAAUCAAUUUGAGUAAAGCUCAUCUUGGUUCAUUCAAGCCAUUUGAUCUCACACCUAAAAGUAAUAAUAUAAUACAGACUUUUACCCAUUAUCUUCCCUAUACAGAAAAAGUAGUUUUCCUUUAUGUUUUCCAAAAUUUCAUAGAUAUCUGCUCACAGAAUAAUAUAACAUUUUUUAUGAAAAGCGGGACUCUUCUUGGCUCUUAUCGCCACCAUGGAUUUAUACCUUGGGAUGAUGACAUAGAUAUUUAUGUCGAGCAUUCUCACAAAAACAUCCUAAUUAAUAGUGUAAAAAAGCAAAAGGACUUUUAUCUGUUCACCCCAGCGAAUUUUCAGUGGAAAUACUUUCAUAAAAAACUUUCAGUGCCUAUUCGCAUGAAUAUUCCAUUCAAGUGGCCAUACCUUGAUAUAUUCUUUUGGCACACAAAUGAAAAGUCUUUCUAUGAUGCUACAAGAGCCACAAAAGUGACAAUAUCAGAACAUGAAUGGAUAUUUCCUCUUACAAAAAGACCAUUCGAAGGUGCCUUAAUAAACAGCCCAAGAGAAACACUCAAAUACUUGAAGAUUGAAUAUGAUGUGAAUAAGUGUUGCCAGAAUUCCUACUCGCAUAGGUAUGAACGUUUAUCAAGAUGGAAUAUUUGUGUUCAAUGCUCAAAACUCUGGGAAAAUAUACCAUACGUACAACAUGAAGAUCUUUCAAACUGCACAAUAUCUGAGAAGCUAAUAUAUAAAAAUAGCACCAUCAGUUUAUUUAAUGACACAAUCUGUUGACAAUACAAUCAAGGAUCUUAAAAGUACCACUUUCUCUUCAUGGCGAUGUGUACUGGACAUCAGUUUAUGGAAGACACUUACAGAUGCUGGACAUUCAUAUCUUGUCUUUGGUAUGAGAAGCGAUCAUUGAAUGUACUUACUAUACCUGAAUGAAUGUUCACAUCUAAGAAACUCAGUGAAUCAACAGUUAUGAAAGAAUAAAGAAACUGAGUAAUCUUCUUUACAUCUAUAUACAUGCACACAUACAUCAUCAUCGCUUUAAGCAUUCACAUUGUUGUGCUUGCCUGGGUCAGACUGUCCCCCAUGAUCAGACACGUUCUCACGGAUAUUGGAAAUGACUGACACUGCUUAUAUGACAGUGACACUCAUUUACAACUAUCACACAAUGUCAAGACAAGGAGACGCUAACAUGCACACACACAUAUACAUAAAUAUGUGUGUAUGUAUGUGUGU